AUGGCCUCAACUGAAAAGAACAAUUCCAUCAUGGCAAAGACCUCAAUCGAUUUUGCAACCCCAGAUUUUAGUACAGGAGAGGCAGAGUCAAACUUGGUCAUGACCCCUGCUGAGGAGCGAAAACUCGUCCGGAAGAUUGACUUACAUUUGGUUCCGCUGAUGUUUGUUCUGUAUCUGUUCCAAUAUCUCGACAAGACAUCCCUUGGCUAUACCGCGAUCAUGGGCAUCAUACAGGACGCAAAACUUGUGGGGACGCAAUAUUCCUGGGUAUCCAGCUUCUUCUAUGUGGGAUUUCUCGCAGCAAGCCCUCUAGCUUCAAUCCUGUUGGUCAAGUUCUCGGUGGCGAAAGUCGUAGUAGUCACAGUACUGAUAUGGGCGGGUAUACAGAUGUGUAUGGCAGCUGGCAAUAACUUUGGGAGUCUUGCUGCCCUGCGCAUCUUGCUGGGGGCUUUUGAGGCUGCAGUGAACCCAGGGUUUACGAUCAUAACAUCUACGUGGUAUAAACCGUCCGAACAUGCUCUGCGGCAUGGCUUAUGGUACGGAGGAUCCAGUGUGGCCUACAUCUUCGGUGGCGUUCUUGCAUAUGGCAUCUCCCAUAUUAACAGUGCGAUCAAAAGCUGGCAGUUCCUGUUUAUCAUCUUCGGGGCCGCUACCUUUGUUUGGGGGCUGCUUGUUCUGUGGCUUUUGCCGGACAACCCUCAAACCGCAUGGUUUCUCAGUGAGAGGGAAAGGAAGUUGGCUUUUGCCCGUGUGCAAGGUGCAAGACGCUCAGCCGAGACCAGGCAGUGGAACCAUGGGCAGAUGAGGGAAGCACUAAUGGAUCCUCGAUCCUGGCUGCUGUUCUUACUCUGUGUAUUUACCACUCUCCCAGGUGGUGGCAUGACGGCGUUUGGAAGCGUUAUCCUGACGAGCUUCGGCUACAGCGUGUUGCAGACCCAACUUCUCACCAUGUCACAAGGCGCUUUUCUCCUGUUUUUUGUCGUCUUCACCGUGGGUAUAUCAAUGACAUUCAAGAACGCCCGAUGCGUGUCUAUCGCUCUGCUCAACGUCAUCUCCCUGGCAGGGGCCUUGAUGAUCAAACUGCUCCCAGAGUCGCACAAGCUGGGUCGCCUUGGGGGACUAUGGUUGAUCAGCGCCUACGCCAGCUCCUUUCCUACAAUUCUCAGUCUCGUGUCAAGCAACAUCACUGGACAUACUAAGAAGUCGACAGUCAAUGCAAUGCUCUUUGCUGGCUUCUGUGUAGGAUACAUUGUCGGCCCACUUACCUUUUUGCCGCGAGAAGCCCCAACUUACCAGACUGCGUUCAACAUCAUGAUUGCUUGCUUCGUUCUUAAUGUCAUGAUCAUUAUAAUCAUGAGACAGCUGAUGGCGAGAUGGAACAAGAAGCGCGAUCAAGAGUCUGGCACUGAGGCCAGCUCAAGUGAACAAGCUGUCGAAGACAGUGCAGUUUAG